AGGCCACUUCCUGAACAGAGAGGCACAUCAACUGAAAAACGAAAGUCAAAGAGGGAAACAAGCGCACAUGUUGAGUCAGACUGACGGGAAAGCAGCGCAGAAACAUCUCAGCACUCUUUGGUGAUAGCAGGUGUGUGUCCUGUGGCAUCUGUACACCUCAGCAUGAGCCAGUGGAAGCAGAUUCAGCAGCUGGAGAUCAGACUCCUGGAGCAUGUGGACUAUCUGUACGAUGAUAAUUUCCCUAUGGACAUCCGACAGGGGCUGGCCGGCUGGAUAGAGUCCCAGGAUUGGGACACAGCGGUCAGUGAUGAGUCGAUGGCUGCCGUGCUGUUCACCAACCUGCUGACCCAGCUGGAGAGGGUUCGAUCGCAGGAACAGAACUUCCUACAAAGACACAACAUGAAAAUUAUACAGCAGCAGCUGCAGCUGAAGUACACGACCAACCCUGCCAUCAUGGCCAGAGUUAUCUCCACCUGCCUGAGGGAAGAGCGACGUAUUCUCUCCAGCGCCUGCACGCAGGAACAGGGUCCACUGGAGAAAUCGCUGCAGAAUUCUGUGGCCUUCGAGAGGCAGAAGAACAUGGACAACAGAGUUGGGAUCAUCAGGGGCAGCGUGCAGUUGAUGGAUCAGGCCGUGAAAUACAUCGAGGACAUGCAGGACGACUUUGAUUUCCGCUACAAGACGCUGCAGUCUCGAGAAUCAUCAGACAGGAACUCUGAUACCAUGAAACAAGAAGUAACAAAACUACAGGAAAUGCUGAACAGACUCGACUUUAAAAGGAAGGAGAUUCUGUCAAAGAUGGACGUUGUGAUCAAAGAGAUCGAUGAUCUGACGACUUCUCAGCUCAACCCUGAGCUGCAGGACUGGAAGCGCAGGCAGCAGAUCGCUGCCAUUGGUGGGCCUCUGCUUACUGGCCUGGACCAGCUACAGAGCUGGUUCACCCUGACGGCACAGAGUCUCUUCCAGAUCAAGCGUCAGCUGGACAAACUGGGGGAGCUGGUUGUGAAGGUCACCUAUGAGAGCGACCCGAUACCUCUGCAGAAACCUCAGAUGGAAGAGCAAGUUAAAUACCUCAUCUACCAUCUCAUCAAGAGUUCAUUUGUGGUGGAGAAGCAGCCAUGCAUGCCCACACAUCCUCAGAAGCCCCUCAUCAUCAAGACUGGAGUGCAGUUCACCACCAAAGUCAGACUCCUGGUUAAACUUCCAGAAGUGGAUUAUCAGCUGAAAGUGAAAACAACUUUUGACAAAGACCUCCCUCCUGGCAGAGUAAGUCGUCAGUUUUUCAUCCUGACCAACAACACUAAAGUCAUGGAUAUUGAGGACUAUUCUAACGGCUGCCUCUCAGUGGAGUUCAGACACCUGCAGCUGAAAGAGAAGAAAUAUAUCAAUGGCACGAAGGGGAAUGAGGGCCUGCUUUCUGUGACCGAAGAACUUCACUCUCUCAGUUUCGAGGCUUGCUUCACGGUGCAGGGCCUCACCAUCGACCUGGAGACGUGCUCCCUGCCACUAGUGGUGAUCUCCAAUGUGAGCCAGCUGCCUGGAGGCUGGGCUUCUGUCAUGUGGUACAACCUCCUGACUGAUGAGCCAAGGAACUUGGCGUUCUUCGGGAACCCGCCUCGCGCCAACUGGAGCCAGCUCUCUGAAGUCCUCAGCUGGCAGUUCUCUACGUUCGCUGGUCGAGGUCUCAACAAAGAGCAGCUCACAACGCUGGGAGAAAAACUUUUUGGCCAGCAUGCCUCCUGCAGUGACUAUCAAGUGUCCUGGUCAAAGUUUUCUAAGGAGAAUAUUCCAGGGAAGCCCUUCAGUUUCUGGAUGUGGCUAGAUUCAAUCCUGGAGCUCAUCAAGAAGCACUUGCUGCCGGUGUGGAACGAGAACUACAUCAUGGGUUUUGUGAGUAAAGAGAUGGAGCGUGCCUUGCUGAAGGACAGAGAGCCGGGCACCUUCCUCUUACGCUUCAGUGAAAGCCACCUCGGGGGAAUCACCUUCACCUGGGUGGAGUACAGUGAGAAUGGUGAUGCAAAGUUCAACUCUGUGGAGCCGUACACUAAGAACCGGCUGACUGCUCUCCCGUUUGCAGACAUCAUUCGAGACUACAAAGUCAUCUCAGAUGGGGUCGUCCCUGAAAACCCGCUCAAGUUCCUCUACCCCAACAUCCCCAAAGACGAGGCCUUCGGACGGCUUUACAACAGUCAGCCCAGCAAAGUUUAUCCGUACAUACCAUCAACCUUGAUCCCCAUCUCAGAACUGCGCCAAAAUGCAAGCACCACCCCUCCUUCUUCUUGUCAGUCUCCUCAGCCCCCAAUGACUCCUGGAGAGUUUGACAUGCUCAGCGAUGCUCUGUGCUUCGACAUCGGCGGCAUGAAUUCUCCAUAUUCAGAGUGAAGCGAGAUCAACAUUUUGAUCAAAAGUUCACCGACAGCAUUCUCCACUGACCUGACUCCAUGCAGCCUCCCAUAACUGUUUAUAUCAUGAUUGUCAUAAAACACAGUCAGCUGUGUUUACAUGGGAUUACGGUGGAUUCAUUCAAAAACAGAAAAUUAUUCUUUUAUAUAUUCAUGAAUGUUUUUUUUUAAAUUGUCAGUCUGUUUUUAUUGAAUAAGUUGUGGUUGAACUUUUGACUGAUUUUCCCUCUCAAGUUUAGAUUGUAAAUAAGACUAUGUCAACACUUUACUUUGUUUGUAAUGCACCAUAUCCAUAGUAGUUAGAUACUUUAUGUCUACAUCAGUCGCACCACUGUGCCUUUAACUGAAUUACAAACAGCUGAAAUUGCAUUGUUACCCAAUGUUUUGGCUGUUCCAGCCUGCUACAGAUUGUACACUGUCAUUUGUAUAAUCAUUCAUCAGCGAGGAGUUCAAAGUCAGCUCAUGCGCCUCCUGUUGGCCAUGGGGAGGCACAUCGGCGUGUACAGACAGCGCAGCAGAUGUUAGUGCUUUUAUUUUGGUAAAAUCCUGAAAUAAAAUGCCUACAAAUAGCUACAACUUGA